UUCUACAACUCAAUUACUCUUUUAAUAACUUCUUUCUAAUAAGAAUUAUUGUUCUUUUCCUUUUUAUCUUCUCAAAUGGUCUACACAAUUCUACUGUUAGGACUCCUUUCUUUAUUCUUCUAUGUUGCCUUGGCUUCUGAUAAUAGUCCUCUUCAAGUUUUUUGUGUUGCUGACCCAACCAGUCAAGUGCUAGUGAAUGGUCUUGCAUGUAGGAACCCUAGCAUGGUUCAAGCCAAUGAUUUCUUCUUUAGUGGACUUCACAUGGCCGGCAACACAUCGAAUGCAGUUGGCUCUAAGGUGACCCCGGUUAGUGUAGCUCAGAUACCAGGGCUUAACACUCUUGGCGUAUCAAUGGUUCGUAUUGACUAUGCACCAAUGGGUAUCAACCCUCCCCACACCCACCCUCGCGCUACUGAGAUCUUGAUAAUCCUAGAAGGCAGCCUUGAAGUUGGAUUUGUCACGUCAAACCCUAAUAACCGUCUUAUCUCAAAGGUGCUUCAGAAGGGUGAUGUGUUUGUUUUUCCAAUCAACCUCAUCCACUUCCAACGUAACGUAGGAAAUGGCAAUGUUGUUGCCAUUGCAGCUCUUAGCAGUCAAAAUCCCGGUGUCAAUGCAAUCGCGAAUGUGGUGUUUGGUGCCAAGCCUGAUAUAUCUACCGAUGUUCUUGCAAAGGCUUUCCAACUAGACAAGAACAUUGUUGCCAACAUUCAGUCAAAAUUCUAAAAGGGAAACAAAACUCCACACAAUUAUUUGUAGUAGCUUUUCAUUUACAUCUGGAUGUUCAUUGUCUUUGAAAUAAUAAAUGUUCUCUAGUUUAGAGAAUUAAAGAGCGAUGAUUGUAGCGGUUGUGCUUCAUUGUUUUGA